AUGUUUUUACUGCUAAAGGCAUCUGCUUAUAAUAACACCCAGCAGGAGCAUGAACCGUCUUAUGUCUGCUAUGCACUGGAGGCAGCAGAAAAAUCUCCAGCUGGAGUUUUCACACUCUUAGACCUCAAAGUAUCAGCCACAAAGUACAAACUAGGAAGAAACCUGGAUCUGCUCAUUCUGAUAAUCACAGAAUUUCUUGGUUUGUUUUGUCUUUCUCUUACUGAGGUUGAGGGAAUCCACCCAGAAUGCAAGAUAUUCCAGCAGGUGGUCAAAGAGGAGGCACUCUGCUUAGAAAAGAAUGAAUCUGUUUCACCUGAUCUUAAAGGUUGCACCAGAGAUUGGGACGGUCUAACCUGCUGGCCCAGAGCCACUUUUGGGGAAGUGGUUAAAGUUCCCUGUCCAAGAUUUUUUGAAGAAAUCACCAAUAUCCAUGGCUUCCUUCAGAGAAACUGUACACAGGAGGCAUAUUGGUCAGAACCAUUCCCACCAUACACCAUUGCCUGUGGAUUUGAUGAAGGUUCCAGUAAAGGGCCUGAGGAUCAGAAAUCUUAUUACUCUGCAUUUUGGCGUGUCUACACUGCUGGCUAUGCAGCAUCAGUGACUUCACUCAUUACAGCUCUAAUUGUCUUUGCUGCAUUCAGAAAAUUCCACUGUACACGGAAUUACAUCCAUAUGCACCUGUUUGUCUCCUUUAUCCUGAGAGCAAUUGCUGUUUUCACCAAAGAUGCUGUUUUGUUUGCAGAUGAAACUAUGGACCACUGCCUAAUGUCAACGGUUGCUUGUAAGGCUGCUGUGGCAUUCUUCCAGUUCAGUAUUUUAGCCAAUUUCUUCUGGCUUCUUAUAGAAGGGAUAUACCUGCAAACACUGCUUUUGCUGACUUUUGUUUCGGACAAGCAGUAUGUAUGGUGGUUCAUAUUCACUGGCUGGGGAGCUCCCACUGCUGUGAUGUUUGCUUGGGUCCUCACAAGAAUCCAUAGACAAAAUACCGGAUGUUGGGAUGAUGAUGAAAAUGGAGUGGUGUUAUGGAUCAUCAAAGGCCCCAUUCUGCUAACUGUAUUAAUUAACUUUAUUAUAUUUAUUAAUGUGAUCCGAACUCUAGUCCAUAAAUUGAAAUCUCAAGAGGGAGGAGGGAGCCAUUCAAGCCACUUCGUGAGACUUGCUAAGUCCACAUUACUCUUGAUCCCCCUCUUUGGAGUGCACUACAUUGUAUUUGCAUUUUUCCCAGAAAGCACUGGUUUGGAAGCUCGCCUUUAUAUUGAGCUGGGUUUGGGUUCUUUUCAGGGUUUUGUUGUUGCUCUUCUAUAUUGCUUCUCAAAUGCAGAGGUUCAGAGUGAACUGAAGAAACAACUAUGCAAAUGGCAGUAUCAAGAAUACCUGAACUUCACACACAAACAUGGGACUUUGUCCAGAGAAAACAGUCCAGUCAACUAUGUCACUCAGUUAUCACUGCUUGAAAGAAUCAGUCCAAAAAGGAAAACAUCGGUGUACCAGAAUAGUGUAACUUCUGUCUGA